CCAGGCGCCAAGGAGGCCAGCGCGGGCUCAGGGGCAGGAUGCAGGAGCAGCACCAGGGAGGAAGUGCGGCAGUGGCGGCAGCAGCAGUGGGGCCGGUGGGGCAGCCCCUCCACGCCACCGCCGGCGGGGGCUUUGGGGUGCAGCUGGGCUGCCCGGAGGGCCACGCCGCACUGCUGCAGCUGCAGGAGGCCGAGCUCCGCCAGCUGGAGGCCCUGAAGAAGUGGAUGGGCCAGCGGGCCAAGAGCGACCGGGAGUACGCCGCCCAGCUCCACCAGAUGUACAGCCUGGCCGAGAAGCAGCAGGAGAGCGGCCGCCCGACCAGCCUCGGCCAGAUCAGCCAGAGCUGGUGGUCGCUGGUGACCCAGACGGAGGCCCUGAGCCAGCUCCUGCGGCAGCACGCCGAGGCCCUGGCCGCCGGGCCCCUCCACAGACUGGGCCUCCUCGCCCGCGACAAGCAGCAGCUGCGCCGGACCUACGGUGAGCAGUGGCAGCAGCUCAACCAGGAGUUCGCCCGGGUCACUCAGCAAGAGCCGGACCGCCUGAAGGCCCAGUACCUGGCCCACAUCCGCGAGAGCGCCCAGGCCAAGCGCAGGUUCCAGGAGGCCAGCAGAGAGAAGGAGCGUGAGAAGGCCAAAGACCGCUACGUGCGGAGCCUGUGGAAGCUCUACUCCUCGCACAACCAGUACGUCCUGGCUCUCCGGGCGGCCGAGGUGCACCACGCCCACCACUGCCAGCAGAUGCUGCCCGGCGCCCUCCGGUCACUCCACGGCCUGCAGGAGGAGAUGGCCCACGUCACGAAGGAGGCGCUGCAGGAGUACCUCUCCAUCACCAGCCUGGUGCAAGAGGAGAUGGUCUCCGUGCACCAAGCCAUGGGCCGGGCCCUCGAGCGCCUCCAGCCCACCCUGGAGUACAGCGGAUUCACCCCCCAGUGCAGGUGCGGGGGGGAGUCCCAGCCGGUGGCGGCCUUUGACCAAAGCCUCCUGGAGGACCUGGAGACGGAGGGCCUGCGAGCCGGCGAGCUGCAGUUGAACGAGGAUGCUCUCCUGAGAGAAAGCGGCUGCAGCAUGGGUCAGAGAGGCUGCCUCCUCCUCUUCCUCCUCCUCCUCCUCCUCGGCCUCCUCACCUCCGUGGAGGAGGAGCUGGCCGGGGCCACCAGCAGCGCUCAGGACCUCCAGCAGCGUGUCCAGGCCCUGCAGGGCGAAAUCCAGAAGGAAGAAGAGCUUGCCGGAGGAGGAGGCGGCGGCUCGGGCUCAGAGGAGCGCCUCCUCCUGCUGGGGAAGCGGCAGGCCCUCCACGAAGCCCUGCACCACGCCCGGCUGGCCCAGUGCGCCCAGGCCAAGCUCCAGGCCCAGAGGGAGAUGCUGCAGCACCGGCUGGGCGAGCUCGGCUCCAGGGACCCCCCGCCUGCCCCAGCCCUGCAGGAGGACAGCCCGGCUCUGGCCCCCGGGGGGCAGGAGCAGGAACGCGAUGGGGGUCGGAGGCUGGCCUUGGAGGUCCUGAAGCACCACAUCUCCGGCAUCUUCCGCCCGCGUUUCUCACUGCCCCCCGUGGCCCCCGUCCUGCCCGAAGUGCAGAAGCCCCUCCACCAGCAGGCCUGGUACCACGGCGCCAUCCCCCGGCUGGAAGUGCAGCGGCUGCUGCAGGCGGACGGGGACUUCCUGGUGCGGGAGAGCCAAGGCAAGCAGGAGUAUGUCCUCUCCGUGCUGUGGGAGGGCCAGCCCCGCCACUUCAUCCUCCAGGCGGUGGAGCCUGUUGCCAAGGACAAGUGGGUGCUGGACCACGAGGAGGUGCUGCUGGGGGAGCGCAUCGGACAGGGCCACUUUGGGGAGGUGUUCAGCGGGCGCCUGCUUUGUGACAACACACUGGUGGCCGUAAAGACCUGCCGUGAGACUCUCCCGCCGGAGCUGAAGGCCAGAUUCCUGCAGGAGGCCCGGAUCCUGAAGCAAUACGAUCACCCAAAUAUUGUCCGGCUCAUUGGCGUCUGCACCCAGAAACACCCCAUCUACAUUGUCAUGGAGCUGGUUCAGGGAGGGGACUUCCUCAGCUUCCUGCGGAAUGAGGGGGCCCAGCUGAGAGUGAAGGAGCUGCUCCGGAUGAUGCAGAACGCCGCGGCAGGGAUGGAGUAUCUGGCCGGCAAGGGCUGCAUCCACCGGGACCUGGCAGCACGGAACUGUCUGGUGACGGAGAACAACACCCUCAAGAUCAGCGACUUCGGGAUGUCCCGGCAGGAAGAAGACGGCAUCUACUCCUCCACGGGUGGCAUGAAGCAGAUCCCUGUGAAGUGGACGGCACCAGAAGCCCUGAAUUACGGCCGGUACUCCUCCGAGAGCGACGUGUGGAGCUUCGGGAUCCUGCUCUGGGAAGCCUUCAGCCUGGGUGCCACCCCCUAUGCCAGCAUGAGCAACCAGCAGGCCCGUGAGUCUGUCGAGAAGGGAAAGCGGAUGAGUGCCCCCGACCAGUGCCCAGCGGAGGUGUACCAGCUCAUGUUGAGGUGCUGGGAACACAACCCCUCGGACCGACCAACCUUUCGCACUCUCCUCCAGGAACUGGUGGCCCUUCCGAAGAGGCUGCCAUGAGGGCACUAGCCCCAAGGCCGCCCCCCCCCCCCAGCUGCUGACUUUGGGCCUCCUUGCCACAUGCCUUGGCCACCCUCUCCAUGCCUGCCUUGGCUGUUUGCCCCGCUCCCCCGACUACGGCCAAUUUCAAGAUCUGCCAGCUGUUCCCCAGACAGGCCAAAGCCAUAUUCUCUCUGACUCUCUGCAGUCAAGUUUCUCUGAAGCUGACAACUGUAAU